AUGUCUGAUCCACUUUCAAUUCUUAAAGGAGAAAUAAAGCGCCUCGGCUUCGUUUCAAAUGAAAAAAUAAGUUUAUUUGGUUACUUCACCGGAAAUGAAAAGAAUCAGACUGACGCGUUAUCUCUCCUUGAUGACUGUAAUACCGAUGAAGAAAAGCGUAAUUAUUUGAGAUCCCUAAUCUCCCAACCUGGUCCCACUUUGAAUCUGUUACAAGCAAAUAUAGAUG